GAAGCUUUCGGAAUUGCUCGAACUUGUCAUAGGAAUCAGGAUGCAAAUCUGCAGGAUACUGGAGUAGUAAACGAAGUACGUGUAAUUCGGCCAGUGGCGGAUACUGGAGUAGCAAACGAGGUACGUGUAAUUCGGCCAGUGGCGGAUACUGGAGUAGCAAACGAAGUACGUGUAAUUCGGCCAGUGGCUGAUACUGGAGUAGCAAACGAAGUACGUGUAAUUCGGCCAGUGGCGGAUACUGGAGUAGCAAACGAGGUACGUGUAAUUCGGCCAGUGGCUGGUACUGGAGUAGCAAACGAAGUACUUGUAAUUCGGCCAGUAGCUGAUACUGGAGUAGCAAACAAAGUACGUGUAAUUCGGCCAGUGGCUGAUACUGGAGUAGCAAACGAGGUACGUGUAAUUCGGCCAGUAGCUGAUACUGGAGUAGCAAACGAGGUACUUGUAAUUCGGCCAGUAGUUGAUACUGGAGUAGCAAACGAAGUACGUGUAAUUCGGCCAGUGGCUCUUCCGAUGCAAAUAACGACAGACAAUGAAAUGUCUUUUGAAGUUUAG